AUGAAGAAAAUAUAUAGUAUUUUCUUUUCUUUAUUUAUUUUGAAUCUUCAUAUAUAUAUAAAAAAUAUCAAAUGCAAUGACCUAAUAAAUUACAAUGAUUCGAAUCUAAGGAACGGAUUACUAACUAAUAGUUUAGAUGCAACAAAUGGACUAAAUAACAAAGAUAACAGUUUUAUAGAUUCUAAAAUUGAAGAACAUGAAAAUAACUCUUACCAAAAUAAAGAUAAUAAUAUCUCUAUCGUUGGACAAGAUGUGCCUACUACAUCGGUAACUUCUUCUAAAAUUAUAAAUUCUAACGAUUUAGAAGGAAAUAGUAUUGAUAAUACUAAAGGUCUUAGUGUUACUAAUAGUGGAUUUGAUGAUGGUAGUGCUUUUGGUGGUGGACUCCCUUUGUCUGGUUAUUCUCCUCUA